AUAACCUCAAAGCCGUAGCGAAACGAGUCAGUUUGUUUACAAUCGCUCAAUCGAAUUGAAAUGUAAAGUAAAAUCCAAGCUUGAUCUUGAUUAAAGAUGAGAAAUCUACUGGGGUUUGCUGUGAUUUUUAUUACUCUCAGCACGGGAUUUGCUGCUACUGUUGCAAAUGUUCACUACUUAAAUGCGGACGGCGUCAUCGCGUACAAGCCGGACCGUUCGAGCAUAUAUCGACCCGGAUUGCGCACUUACUGUUAUCGGGGAAAGGAGAAACAGCUGGUCAGUCUGUUUCAGACAAUCAUUCUGCACUUUGAUUGCGAUCACGAUGAUUUCAGUCAGUACGAGGGCGGCACGCCGGAAGAGGUUCGCUCUCAUCACGAAACCGAGCAAAGCUUGUUUUCGUUCAACAUCCUGUCGAACAGCAAGAAGCGACUGAUCAAGCUGGAUCCAUUCAACCAGAGCUGCAUUGGGGUUGUAUCCGGGGACGUCUACAGCGUUCGACUGAGUGUGAUUCGUAUCGAUUUCUGGAGAGUCAUAAUACUCGCGGCAGGAAUAUUUGUGUUUCUGUCGGCGGCAAAGCUGAGUGACAAUGCGCUGUUUUAUUACAUCUGCGGCGUAGGCUUGGGCGUGUUCGCCAGCUUUCUGGUGGUGGUCUACAUGGUAAGCAAGUUGGUUCCGAGAAAACCGAUGAUGUACGGAGUGAUGAUAGGCGGAUGGACGCUUGGAUUAUACUUUGCCCAAAUGAUGCUGGAUAAUCUGAGGGUGAUUUUUGUGACGUACCAAGUUUACGUCUUUUGGUACAUUUUGACGACCGGAUUUAUAAGCUUUGUCAUCUGCUAUCGGAUGGGCCCUCCGAAAAACCAACGCAGCAAGGAUCUCAUCAAAUGGAGCCUGCAAAUGGCGGCGCUUGGAGCUAUCUUCUUUUCAUCCGCUUAUCGGGAAGCUACCACUGGGAUUUGUAUCGCCAUCAUCUGCUUUUACUUUUUCCCGAGAAGCAUUUCGAUGCGAGCAAGAUCCUUCUACAGAAACCGCUUCCCACCGAAGCGUCGUUUUUUGACCGAAGAAGAGUAUUACGAGCAAGGGGUCAAGGAAACGACUAAAGCUCUCGAAGAACUGAGAGAGUACUGCAGAAGUCCCCAGUGCAAGCAGUGGAGCACGAUGUUGAAACUGCGGGAUCCGACAAGGUUUGCGUCAUUUAUGGAGGGCUCUUCGCAUCUGAUCGAUAGCGAAAUACUCGAGUACGAGACUUCCAACCCACAGAUGGAAAUUAGUGACGAUGAGGGUGAGGUGGAUGACAAGAGCGGCGACGAGGAAGAACCACAGCGAGAGCGCAAUCAGAGAGGUGCCUCGAGGACGACAGCGUAUCAGAAAUUUGCCCAACAAACACUGCGAAACGGCGUCAGCAGGGCCAGUACCAGCACACCAACGGUAGCGGCUGUCACGAAUCAGAAUGGUCGCAGCCGGAGUAGUCGCAGCAGAAGCAGACAACUGGUGAUGCCCUCUGCACCACCCGCUGAUGAGUUUGAGUUGAGCGAAGACGAGGACUGAAGUGAUUGAUAGAGCUAGAGCAGCUAGAUGCCAGAGGAGGGAGUUAUUUAAUUUAUUUGGAAACACGUUCUCUUGUAAAUAUACCAUUGCUUACUUUCGACAAGUCAUAGAUAAAACGUCUCCCGAUAUGUUGACCCGCAGCAAAUUGAACUGUAGUUUGUGGUUACGAUUUGGUUUUUAGUCCAGUGGUAGAUGAAAUAAACUGUAAGAAUAUUGUAACAUUUACCAUACAAAUGCUGAUUUACUUGUAGCUGAUGCGUCUAGUUACUUUCCGAAAUCGAAGAGCGGAAUUCUCGUCGUUCUCUUCAGGAUUUGCAGAUUACACUAUGAAUAAGGCUAAGGUUACUUUGGAUAGGAGUACGCACGAAAAUUUGAUUGUACGAAUAGAAACAAACAAUUUUGUUCGAUAGAAGCUGACGAAUUCGAACGAAACAAGGUGGAAGCAAUGUAACCACACCAAUACAACUCAAUGUGGUUGCUUACUUUCACUAUUGCAUACAAUUCGUACGAUCACUUUUCUGCAUCCAGUGUCACCGCCGCCUAAUAGUAUUUUUGUGAACGCGAACAGUGCUCGAGAUUCACGAAUGAUAGAAGAUAGAUUCUGGAUAAUUUUAUUAAAAAUGUAAUUUAUUACAGCUACAGCAUGGUUUAAAAAGGACGGAAAUUUGGGGUACUGACUCACGGCUGAAAUGGUGAGCAUAAAACGUAAAAUUUCUAUAUUUGGCUUGGCUGUAAAAAUUGAGAGAGGAAAAUAUAUCACUUGAGUUAAAUACACAGAAAUAACGAUUCACAAUUUUCAAACAAUCGAAAACUGUGGUUUUAAAAUUCCAAUCAUAGAUUCUAGACUACCUUGUCCUGCAACACUAUGCACUUCUAUCCAAAUUUCUAGAGUAUCAUGUCAAUAGGGCUUAUCUCAAAUGUAACAGUUUCGAGAAAAAAAUAUGAAAUUAUAUUUUCUUUUUCAAAUCCUGUUUACCUGUUAAACACAAUUGUAACCAUAAUGGCGCAUCAACAGAAGCACAAAAAAAUAUAUAUGCUUCAAUCAUUGAUCGGUACUGAACGAAAAACCCACAAUGGAGUCCGGAUCCAGCCGGCAUCGAGUACGGUUAUGUUUUCGUUGCUCCGUGUUCACUCUUUUUUUUAUCCUUUAAGGUGAAGGUGGAAGGAAGCCAAAAUGUCCACGGUGGGGGAGGAAGGGGGUUAGAUAAUAUCCACGUGGACACGAUAAAUUUUCAAGCUGUAUUUUCAAGAAUUAUUGAACUUUUCGCCCACGUAGUAUUCUGUGUUUUUUAAAAAAGGGUUAAGCUGCUUGAGUGCAUCAAACAUCCGUAUCUUUCAUAUGGCUGAAUUUCUUCCCUGAAAUGUGUAUUCUAAAAGUCAUCCAUAUGAACUGAGAGCGAUCGAUUUAUUUCCAUUGGUAGGAGAGAAUCAUGUAUUCCACUAGGAUGAAGACACACUCGAAGAAUGUUACUAUUGUAUAAUAUACUCGACAAAGAAAUUAGAGGAACAGAGUGUUAAGUGAAUUUGAAAUGCUGUAACUUCGUGAAAAACAAACAUACAUCAUUUAAAAUCUUCAACUUUAACAUUUCGAAGCUUCAAGUUUUAGAAUAUAUUACGGACACAUUGUUAUCUUGGUGCGUGUGAAUGUAGUGAAUAAAAAUAUA